AUGGGGAGUUCAGCAGAUGAUGUUAUGAUGGAGAUUGAGGCCUGUAAGCCACAAGGCAAUGGCCUUGUAGUUGGAGGUUUAAGUCCUUUGAGUGAGUCACUUUGGAAGGACAAAACCAAUACAGAUGUAGUAGGGGACGUAUCAGCCAGGCUAACUUGGAAGGAUCUAACUGUAAUGGUUACAGUCAGCAAUGGAGAAACACAGAAUGUUUUAGAAGGAUUAUCUGGUUAUGCUGAGCCUGGAAGCUUUACAGCCCUUAUGGGUCCGUCUGGAUCUGGCAAAUCUACACUGCUCGAUGCCCUCUCUGGCCGUCUUGCUGCAAAUGCGUUCCUAUCAGGGACCAUUCUGCUUAAUGGUCGAAAGGCCAAGCUUUCUUUUGGGACUGCAGCUUAUGUAACUCAAGAUGACAACUUGAUUGGCACUCUGACUGUGCGAGAAACGAUUUCUUAUUCUGCAAGAUUGCGGCUUCCUGAUAGAAUGCCGUGGUCUGAGAAAAGGACAUUGGUAGAGAGCACCAUUGUCGAAAUGGGACUGCAAGAUUGUGCUAACACUGUUAUUGGGAAUUGGCAUUUGCGUGGCAUCAGCGGUGGAGAAAAGAGAAGGGUUAGCAUUGCGGUCGAGAUUCUGAUGAGGCCGAGAUUACUUUUUCUCGAUGAACCAACCAGUGGACUCGACAGUGCAUCGGCUUUCUUUGUUACUCAGACACUACGCGGUCUAUCUAGAGAUGGACGGACUGUCAUAGCCUCGAUUCAUCAGCCGAGCAGUGAAGUUUUCGAGCUUUUCGACAGAUUGUACUUGCUUUCUGGAGGCAAAACAGUUUACUUUGGUCAGGCAUCUGAAGCCUAUGAGUUCUUCGCACAUGCUGGAUUUCCCUGUCCUCCUCUCAGGAACCCGUCUGAUCAUUUCCUCCGAUGUAUAAAUUCGGAUUUCGACAAAGUUAAAGCAACUCUAAAAGGAUCAAUGAAACUGCGGUUUGAGUCAAAUGAUGAUCCUCUGGACAAAGUGACCACAUUGGAAGCUAUGAGAACUCUUAUAGAUUCUUUUCGUACUUCUCAGUAUUACUAUUCGGCUAAUGAAAAGAUUGAGGAGAUGUCAAAAGUUAAAGGAACCGUGUUAGAUUCAGGAGGGAGUCAAGCUAGUUUCUUCAUGCAGGCCUUUACCUUAACCAAACGAUCGUUUGUUAAUAUGUCAAGGGACUUUGGUUAUUACUGGUUGAGGCUUGUUAUCUACAUGGUAGUCACGGUUUGCAUUGGAACCAUCUAUUUGAAUGUAGGAACUGGUUACAAUUCGAUCCUGGCAAGGGGCGCAUGCGCAUCAUUUGUGUUUGGUUUUGUAACGUUCAUGUCCAUUGGUGGGUUUCCUUCUUUUGUGGAAGAUAUGAAGGUUUUCCAAAGGGAAAGGAUGAAUGGGCACUAUGGUGUGACUGCAUUUGUGAUCAGCAAUACAUUAUCUGCAACCCCUUUUCUGAUAUUGAUAACCUUCAUUUCUGGUACUAUUUGCUACUUCAUGGUCCGCCUCCACCCUGGAUUUGAACAUUAUCUAUUCUUCGUGCUGUGCCUCUAUGCAAGUGUGACGGUUGUUGAGAGCCUGAUGAUGGCUAUAGCCAGUGUCGUUCCUAACUUCCUCAUGGGUAUCAUCAUCGGGGCAGGAAUUCAGGGGAUAUUUAUGCUAGUUUCUGGCUACUUCCGCCUCCCAAACGACAUCCCAAAGCCCUUCUGGCGUUACCCAAUGUCUUACAUUAGUUUCCACUUCUGGGCUCUACAGGGGCAAUACCAAAAUGAUCUUAAAGGCUUGAUGUUUGACAACCAGACUCCUGAUCUUCCCAAAAUUUCUGGAGAAUAUAUAUUAGAGUACGUUUUCCAAAUUGACGUAAAUAGAUCAAAAUGGAUUGAUCUCAGUGUCAACCUCAGCAUGAUCAUCAUCUACCGUAUCAUUUUCUUCAUCAUAAUCAAGAUAAACGAGGAUGUGACUCCCUGGAUUCGUGGUUACAUAGCAAGGAGAAGAAUAAAGCAGAAAAAUGCAAACCAGAAUACCACUGUCACCCCUUUUACUCUCACUCAAUCCCCUUCACUGAGGAACUUUGUUGCAGAUCGACCUAGUAGUAGCAGGAAGUAG